CUUUUGUGAGGUACGUGAGGCUUGAGGAACAGUUUUCCUCUCUUUCCUCCUUUAACCAAAGAUUAAAAAAGCCAGAGCGCAAGCAGGGAGCAAGGUCUGUGCCAGGAAAGCCACAGCAAGGGAGAACUUUUUGAAGAUGCCAAAAUGAUGGGCCAUCGAGAAGAUGAAUUCUCUCCUCGCCUGCGCUGUGCUGUUCGCUUGGGGCUUGUCCCCAUCUCAUGGGAGCCUCUGGGACCUGCACAAGAUGAUCACGAAGGUGACGGGGAAAAACGCUUUGCUGCAUUACUCCUCCUACGGCUGCUACUGCGGCACCGGGGGCAAAGGGAAGCCCAAGGAUGCAACAGACAGAUGCUGCCAACUGCACGAUACCUGCUACGACAACCUCCAGGGAUUCGGCUGCAAUGCCAAGAUGCAAGGAUACAGCUAUGGCUGGAACAGCGGCAGCCCCUCCUGCGGGGGUGGCUCCUGGUGUGCCCAGCUCUCCUGUGAGUGUGACCGCAGCCUGGCUCUCUGCCUGAAGCGGAGCAGCGGGAGCUACAGAAAACGUUAUUGGUUCUACCUCAAAUUCCGAUGCCGGUGAUGGGAGCUGGGAUGUGGGGCCGGAGCACACGCACGGGUUCUGCAUCGGCAUCGCCCCACGUCCCUGCCUGCACAGACCAUGUUAGCGCUUUGAAUUUAAUCAACGCGAAAAUAAACAACGUGUUUAAACCAGCCCGGUCCUCUGUGAGCUGCUGCUGGGCAGGGAGAGAAAUCCCUGUAAAAACAUCAUCCUCCCCAAACUUUGCAAAAAACUGCGUCACUCCAGCCCACGGGGUUUUGACCGGCGAGGGAAGGGGCGUAGCACAAAGUGGUUUUUUGGGACAGGCAAGUCAUUUCAGAGCUUCCAGUUCAGAGCCCGCGGGCUGGACACGGAGGAGCGGAGCCGGAGCGAUUCCCCGAGGGGCAAAAGGAAGAUGAAGGUCUUGCUGAUGCUGGCAGUGCUGUUUGCCUGCAGUGUGUUCACAGCUCGUGGGAAGCACCCACGCGCAUUCGCACCGGGACUUGAGGGGAGCACCGUUGGAAAUCUGAGUGCCCACGGCUGCUACUCGGGAUGGGGCAGCGGUGGCACAUCAAGGGCUUCAAUGGACCGGUGCUGCCGGCUCCGCGCCUGCUGCUACGCCAGGCUGGCGGCACGGCGAUGCCGCCCGGGACCCAUCCAGCCCGCCGCGACAUCCCGGGCAGGAAUCCCCACCUGCAGGUCGGGGACGUGGUGCCAGCGAGGCGCCUGCAGAUGCGAGCGGGCCGCCUGGCUCUGCCGCAUGCGGAGCCGGGCGCUGGCCCGGCGUCCCAGCAAGUGCCGGGGACGAGCUGGGAGAUGUUGAAGCAAGAAGGAUCUUUGCAAAACCACCUCCAGGCUGAUAAGCAAAGGGCCGGCGCCGGGAGCAUUUCCAAACCCUGGCGGGUCUCCUCCUUGGGGCUUUUUUGGCUUUGACAUGAGGACAACAAGCCUCUGGUGAAGUUGCGUCAUUAUACACUGGAUCCGAGGAGGGGGAGCAGCACAGAUGCAAUAUUUCAGCGCAGAAAAACAAGGGAGGGGUGAACACCUGUGCCUCGUCCCUGCGAAGGGUGAGAUGGAAACCAGCACCAGCCUCUUUGCUGACUUGUUUCCCCUUGGCUCAAGCUCCUGGUGCAGCCUCUCAGCUCCCUCUGCUUUUUGCUUCACGCCAGAUUCUCUUCUCUUGCUCCCAAAUAAAAUCAGAGAGUGCAAAA